AUGGCUCACAAUGAAAGCCGUAAGCGUACUAAACCAUGUAUACUGUGCAAAAGAAAUAAGGUCAAAUGUGAGUAUGUGAACUCACUGCCCUGUGAGCGGUGCGCUAAGUACGGUCUGCGAUGCCACUUUGAACAACAGAGCAUUGCUGCAUCCUUGGCCGAGCUAAGGACUCUGCCUUCUAUGACUCAGGUACAUACAUUAGGCUCAGAAGAGACCCAGGUGACUGAGCCAGCAUCUUUAGCCCUUUCAAACGACUCUAAAGCUGUGAACUCACGUCUCAGCACGCUAGAAAGUGCCCUGGAAUCAGUACUGUCGAUUCUCCAAACUAGUCAAUCUCAGCAACAACAGCAAAUGGAUCUGAUCCAACAGCAGAUGUCACAAAACCAAACUUGGGAUAAGUGGCGCUUUCUCGAUCUUCAACCGUCAACGACAAACGACUCAUUUCAGGACGCAGCCGCCUUUCCGGAAAACCCACAAAACUUGCACCUUUCGAGAAUUUUGUCAAAAACUGAAGUUCAAGAGCUCUGUGAACUUUUCAAUGAUCGAUUUGCACCUCAACUUUUCGGAUACGAAAUAGGACCUUUAGAUGUAAGCACCCUCUGGAGAAGGUCGCCUUUUUUGUUGCUCUCGAUAUGCACUGUAACCUGUCUUCAUCAUCCUUUCAUGAAGUCAAAGUUCAACAUGCUCAAGCGAAGUUUUGAGGUCGGUGCUUCUCAGUGUUUAACGCAGGAGGUCCCAGCUAUCCAAGUAGAACACACAAUAUUGGCACUUGUCAUCGGUGCACUAUGGCUAGAAUCUGGCCAAAUGCUCGUAUCUGUUGCGAUACAAUUAGCUAGAUUUCACAGAUUGGAUCAGCCUAACACGUUGACCUCUUCACUUGGGCGCUCGCCACUACAAAGACUCUGGUAUUUGCUAUACAUCGUUGAUGGAAAUCAAAACCUCGUAUUUCACAAGAGCCCAUCUAUUCAUAAGGAAAGCGAGCCGUUAAUUCUAAAUUCGCGGAGGGAUGUCAUAGGAAGCCUCACGAGCCCACAAGUCCGCGGAGUUUUGAGUGCUAAUUACAGGGCUCAUGGGAAAGUUGUUAACAAUCGGCAGCUGGAGCUUUUGAAUGAAGUGGAAUGCCGCAAAAUAUCUAUACCAGGGACUACUUUACGCGAGCUCCGACUUCUCGGUCAACUUGAGUAUCAUAUGGCCAUGGAAUCAGUGUUUUCAGGCAACAGGAACAAUUCGCCAGAUCUAGAGCGCUCCAUGCAAGCAACAGCAACCUUGUUGGACCCGUCAAACUUUGGAGUACCUUGGGUGAGCAAUUUGGAGCUAGACAAGUGGAUGAUAUCGUGGACGAUCACAUUGCAGAACAUAGACUUUCGAAGUGAUCCUUGGUGUCUGAAAUCUACACUCUUGUAUUAUAAUUUUGCUCGAAUGCACAUCAACAUGAAACCUUCAUUGGGUGGUGGCAGAUCCUCCGUUUUCAACAGUGGCACAACUGAUUUGAUGAAAAUAUGGCAAUCACCAGACCCAGCAGUAUUUUCUAAUCCGACUAGGGGGAAAAGUGCUUCUCAUGACAUUUCGUUUUCUGCUGCUCAGUCACUAAUCAAACUAGCAACCGAGGAUAAUGAUAUCACAAGUAUCUUUCAAUUUCUCCCUAUGCAUGUUCAUGCCAUGCUCUACUAUGCAUCUCUGGUUCUCUUAGACCCUACAGAUGUUUUGCACGGUCUAAGUCCGAAUCGCAAAGUGCUUGCUACUCGGUAUAAAACCGUCAAUAACUUGAAAAGUCUCAUUUCAAAAACACCAUCGUCUGAUCCAAACUUUAGAGCCAAGACUCUAGAUUCAUUGAGUCAGCUUCUUGACAACUUUGCCGCAAAAUGUUUGGCUGUUGACACAGGAAAUACCCAAGAUGAUCACGGUGCUAGAUUUCAGGAAAUAAUCGAAGAGGAACACCCAGCUCGGGAAGAAAGGAAGCCAAGAACAAUUAUAGCAUGGCCGGGAACCAACCCGGGUCACCCAUAA